GAGCGUGGGACACACAUUCAUCUGUACAAACCCUGCAAAACACUACAACCACCCCCCCCCCCCCCCUGCCAGUCUCGUGCUUUCAUGUUCUCCCCCUCACCCCAAAUUUGUCUCUUUCUCCUUUUCCACCCACCACUCCAUGCUCUUCCCCAUUCUUCCUAUACAGUUUUCUUGAUUUCUAACCCUUAAAACCCUACUUAAAUUUCACAAAACCCACCAUUUUAAUCUUCGACAGGGAACCCUUAUGAUUUAAUAGAAAAUUAGAAACCCUAAUUGAAAUUGUUGAAUUGAAAUGGGUUGUGCUCAAUCGAAAAUUGAGAAUGAGGAGGCUGUUUCAAGAUGUAAAGAUCGCCGGAAUUUCAUGAAAGAAGCGGUGACAGCGCGAAAUGCAUUCGCUUCGGGUCAUUCGGGUUACGCAAUGGCUUUGAAGAACACUGGGGCUGCGUUGAGUGAUUAUGCACAAGGGGAAGCUGAAGAGGUUUAUCUUCAUUUAGGGGGUGGGGGUGGCGGUGGAGGGGAGGCGUCGGAGCCGCCGCCUCCUCCGCCGCCGAAUAUGGAGCAGCCACUCCCACCGCCUCCGCCACCGGAUCCGGCAGAGGCUGAGGCUUACUCGCCUGUGCCGCCGCCAAUGCCGAGCUUUUCGCCCACGCCGACUCCGCCGCUGCAGCGGUCGGUUACAAUGCCAGCGAUUCCGGUUAUGAAAAAGAAGGGUAGGAAGUUGGAUAGUGGAGCUAUACUUGAGGAGGAUGAAGAGGAGGAGGAGGAGGAAGAAGAAGAAGAGGAGGUUAAUGAGUUGAGAUUGAGAAGAGGGCGGAAGAGUGGCGGAAGGGCGGUGGACGAGACUCCGUCGCCGAUGCUUCAUACUCCGGUGGCUCCGCCUCCGCCGGAGAAUAAAGGGACGCCUUGGGAUUACUUUUUUAUGGUUGAUGAUAAUAUACCAGGGGCGAGUUUGAGUGAAGAAGAGGAUGACGUUAUUGAUGAAAAGGAUGCGGAAGAGGAGGAAGAAGAAGAAGAAGAAGUGGACCACCAUCUCCACCGCCAUCCGAACCAUCAUCUCCACCGCCAUCAAAACAUUCAAAACCACCACAUCCACCACCAGCAGGUGGAGCCGAAAACACCGGAGAAAGUGGUGAUGGAGGGGUUUACAACCGAGGAAGAGGAGACACCGGUGAUGGUGGCAAUGAAGGAUAAGAAAUUCGCGCAUUCUAACACCGCACCACCUGAUAUUAACCGGAGAAGCAGCGCAGGAGUGGUGAAUGGUGCUGGUGGUAUGGUUGUUGGAUCAAGUAGUGUGAAUUUGUUAAAGAUUUUGAGCGAAAUCGAUGAUCAUUUCUUGAAGGCUUCCGAGAGUGCACAAGAGGUAUCGAAGAUGCUCGAGGCUACACGGUUGCAUUAUCAUUCCAAUUUUGCAGAUAAUCGAGGUCACAUUGAUCAUGCGGCAAGAGUGAUGCGUGUGAUCACAUGGAACAAAUCGUUUAAAGGGGCACCUAAUGGUGAAAACGGGAACGAUGAAUAUGAUGAAGAUAAGUAUGAAACACACGCCACCGUGCUUGAUAAGCUUCUAGCGUGGGAGAAAAAACUCUACGAAGAAGUAAAGGCCGGGGAGCUUAUGAAGCUAGAGUAUCAAAGGAAAGUGUCGUUACUUAACAAACUGAAAAAACGUGGUGCGGCUACUGAAUCUUUAGAAAAAACAAAGGCAGCGGUGAGUCAUUUGCAUACGCGAUACAUUGUUGACAUGCAGUCUUUGGAUUCAACCGUUUCAGAAGUAAACGACAUUCGCGAUAGGCAGUUAUAUCCAAAACUUGUUGCUCUUGUUGACGGGAUGUCGAAGAUGUGGGAUUCAAUGUGCGAACACCAUGACAACCAGCUAACAAUUGUAGCAGACCUCAAAUCUCUUGAUGUUUCGGGAGCCCCAAAAGAAACGACCAAACACCACUAUGAGCGGACCGUUCAGUUGUACCAUGUGGUUCAAGGGUGGCACUCGCACUUCGAAACCCUAGUAACACAUCAAAAAAACUAUGUUCAUGCCCUCAACAACUGGCUAAAACUAAACCUCGUGCCCAUCGAAAGCAGCUUAAAGGAGAAAGUCUCGUCACCACCACGCAUUCAAACACCCCCGAUCCAGACGCUCCUCCAUUCAUGGAAUGACGUUCUCCAGAAGCUUCCGGAUGAGCUCGCGAAAAGUGCAAUUUCGUCGUUUGCUGCGGUUAUCGAAACCAUUAUGAAUCAUCAAGAGGAAGAAAUGAAGCUUAAAGAGAGAUGUGAAGAAACUAGAAGGGAGUUCUUGAGGAAGAGUCAAUCUUUUGAAGAUUGGCAUCAGAAGUAUAUCAUGAGACGCGGCCCGCAAGAUGAAACGGAGCCAAACCGGGUCACGGGUCCUGACCCGAUAGCUGAUAGGCAGUUUGCGGUUGAGACGUUAAAGAAGAAGUUUGACGAUGAAAUGGAAGCUCAUCAAAAGCUUUGUAUUCAAGUGAGGGAUAAAUCUUUAGGGAGUCUGAAGAUUCGGUUGCCCGAGCUUUUUCGGGCUAUGUCGGAUUACGCCCAUGUGUGCCGGGAUUCGUAUCAACGGUUGAGAUCCAUCAUGCAUUCGCAGAAUCGCCAAAACGGAAGUUGAGUUAAGUUUAUUGAUCUUAUGGUUUUAUGUUGAAGAUCAUGUGAAAAUUGUGGUUUUUUUUGGACAUAUGGUAUGGUCUUAGAUUUUGCUUAUUUAUUGGCUUGAAGUUACAAGUGGUGUGUUGAUGUUUAAUAUGAUGCAUUAGCCACUUGUACAUUUGGUGGGUCAGUAUUAGAAAUCAGAAUGAUGCAUGAGCCAGUUGGGACACUUUUGGUACCAUUGUAUGUUUUUUACUUUUGUAUGCAUUAUUGGUCUUUACUA